CCAGGUCUCCUCGGGGAGGGCAGGUCUUCGGUCUCGUGGUGCAGCUUCACCAGUCUGUGGGAGCCAGCCUGGUCCCAGCGGCCCAGAAAGUCUGUCACUAUGGCGUCCCUGUCCUACCAGGAGCCGCUGUCUGCGACUGUGGGGAAACGGAUGGUGGUCACAGGUCCAGAUUAUAAACGGGAUCACUUACCUAAAGUGCAGCCGGACACCUCCUACAUAGGAGAAAAGUGGCCCGAGUUGGAAAAGACGGGAGACCUCCAGUACCUGUGGAGACCUGCCUCCGACAGAAGCGCACCAGCGAAAUACAAACAUGAAUACGUCGGGGAAGUCGGCUGGGGGAUCCCUGAGUACAACUUCAUCAACAGGUCAAGGCUUGCGAGUGGCUUUCACAUCAAGUACGGAGAAUUCAGCCUUGAUGCCAUUGAUAAAUGUUCCCACAGAUAUCAAAACCCAUGGCAGCCAAAUCCUUCUGUCCUGGAUCAGCAAGACAGAUAUAGUCGCGCCUUUCUUGCCUGGCACAUGGGUGACUAUGAGGACACUCACCAGAGGAACUCCAAACGGGCAACUCUCGUGAAGCAGAGCAAAUCAUCACCAGGAAAGUCCCAUCCACCCAGGCUGCCAAUGUUACCAACAAAGCAAGGGAAAAGGAGAUUCCAGCCUCUAAGUCCGCAAAACCCAGCCUGCUUCUAGCAGAGAAUCUGCAACCAAUCUGAAACAGAAAAUAAGGUGCACUCCCCACAAGUGCCUCCCACAGCCACCUGGAGCAGACUUGCUGCAGGGCAACUCAGUGGGAAGCACAAAUAAAGACGUUAAAGCCA